AGGCUUUGACAAGUCUAGGUCUGCCGGGAUCGGACCUCAAAAUAUAGACCAACAACUAGAAUAGACCUAAUACAUGCGUUGAUAGAUAUAUGGGGAUUUAAUUCUUUUCUUCUUUAGAAUUGUUUUUUGUUUGGUUUUACAGGUGGUACUGGUCUACUUUUUACAAUCAAUAAUCUCUUUGGUUUUAUGUUCCAUAUUUACCGACCUGAUUAAUUUGGUCUUUGCGAGUCACUUAUAUACGCAUAGCUGCUUCAGACCAAUAGCUUGUCUGUGUUGCCAGGCGCAACUAUGACUAUGGCUUCUCAUAUAGUCAUCAUCGGAGCGGGCGUCACCGGCCUAACAGCCGCGACCCGUCUCCAAGAAGCCGGCCACAACGUGACCAUCAUCGCACGCGACUUCCCCGCGCCCUCUGAAACCAUCGACCCGAAGGCACAGAUCAACUACACGUCACCAUGGGGCGGCGCCCACAACCGCUGGGUCCCACCGCCGCCGGCAGGUCCAGGCCGCGCUGGUGAUGCCACGCUCGAGCGCGACCACACCUUUGCGCUUCAGACGUUUGCGCACAUGGAAGGCGUGGCCGCGCGCCACCCCGAGGCGGGCGUCACGUUCCUCCCGGGCAUCGAGUACCUGGACGACCCCGGCAAGGCCGAGGGCGGCGGGGCCCUGACGGUCGCCCGGGCCGCGGAGCUGGGCAUCCAGGGGUUCGAGUUUUUGGACCGGUCCGAGCUGCCGGCUGGUGUCGUGUGGGGCUGUAGGUACAGGACGUGGUGCGUCAGCCCCAUGGUAUACCUGCCGUUCCUGAUGCGGAGGAUCGUCUUGCGGGGCGGCAAGGUCGUCAGGAGGGAGCUGAGGGAUCCGCGGGAGGCGUGGGCUCUGCAGAGUGAGCUGGGGAGCGUCGACGUCGUCGUCAACUGCUCGGGGUACGGCUUUGGUGACCCUGCCGUGUUUGUGACCCGGGGACAAACCUGCAUCGUUUCAAACUCAUGCCCGGCAACAGUCACCAGGCAAUGCGCAGACGGAUCAUGGACCUUUUGCGUGCCUCGCAGCUUCGACGGCGGUACCGUCAUCGGAGGGACCAAGCAACCCGACGACUGGGACCCGAACCCCUCGCCCGCCAUCAGGGCCGAGCUGCUGGCUAAGUUUGCGGCUACGUACCCCGAGAUAGGCGAGUUGAAGCCCGUCUUUGACAUCGUGGGGAGGAGACCUACGAGAAAAGGCGGGGCACGGCUCGAGGUGGAAAAGGUUAGCCCAGCAAAGGUGUUGGUGCAUGCAUAUGGUCUCGGCGGCAGAGGAUAUGAGCUUUCGUGGGGAGUCGGAGGGAGAGUCGUCGAGCUGGUCGACCAGGCGCUAGCGCAGCUUGGGAGGGCGCGAGCAAAGAUAUAGAGCUAGGGACAGCCGGUGGUAAGGUUUCAAAAAAGAAAAAAAAAAAAAAAUCAAGUUGAUUAUUCCAAGGUGAUGUCCGGCACAGAAAUAUUUUCAGAUAUAUUAAUGCUACAUGGCGCCA